UAUCAGAGUUCCUAACAACUGACAUUAAAACGAAGCGUGAUGUAAUACAAUAGUCUCACCCAAAGGUGAGAGUCUGCUGUAAUUAUAAAAAUACCUAUAAUAGAAGCAAUUACAUGAAGUGACAGCGGCAAAGAUGUAUAAAAGGCCUACUAGUCCAUUUGUAUUUUCUUCUCUUCUCGAGGUCCGGACUGGACACGACAAUCGAACACCUGUCACCAGAACAGAUUUCACCAUGAAGAUAUUUUAUAUCCUUUGCGCUUGCGCAGUUGUGUCUGCCGCCCCUAACCCCGAUGUUACCAAAGAACAGCUGCACGACUAUCCAGUAGUGAGGCUUUUGUUGGCGAAGCAGACUGGUCCGCAUCAUGUAGAGAAACGUUUGUUUGGUGAUGUAUUUGAAGUUGUUAGUUCAGCUGUUGAAGAUGCUGGUUCUGCAGUCGGUCAGGCUGCUACGUCAACAGCCGACGCGGUCGGUAAUGCAGCUAAUGAUGUUGCAGGUGACGUAGAGUCAGUGGCCAAUGAUGUUAGUAAAGCUGUUGUAGGUGGCGUAGAGUCAGUGGGCAAUGAUCUUGUUGAUGGAGCUAAAGAUGUUGUAGGUGGCGUAGAGUCAGGAGUCAAAAAUCUUGGUAAAGCAGGUGAAUCAGUUGUAGGUGGUUUCGGGGGAUCUGUCGAAAAUGUUGGUCAAGCGGUUACUUCUGACAGCCUGGAAGAAGCCCUUCAGAACCUCGGUGAGGCGGCGGAAUCUGCUGCAGGAGGUGUUGAGGACGGAGCCGGACAUUUCGCCGAAGCAGUUGAAGACGCAGAGGGUGUUGCGUUAAGAAUGCAAAACUUCACUAAAGCAGGAAAAUAUUUGGUUGGAGGUGCGACUUCAGUGUGUCGCUACCUGGUUCAGAAAGCACGGGCCGGUCUGAAAGAAGUUGUAAAUGAAGUGAAGGAUUCCGCUCCAUCAGUUCCAAUCGAAGGCAAAGCAGCAGCUUUGGCAGAAAAACAUAUGGAGAAGCUCAUAGCAUCGGGAGCCCUGGGUCAGACCACUGUAAAAAGGUGUCGAGCAGUCCUACUAACAUUCGUGACAGGCUAAGCGAAGGACUGAAGCUGUGCUAAACAGGUUGCAGUCAGUCCAAUCUUCAUAUAACUGCUGAUGACGAGAGACAGUCCGGAUUUCUCCUCACAUUAAAAGUUUCUCCCCAAGUUUCUAAAGACCCAAAGUGCUACUCGUAGUCACUUUUUCUUUAAACUCGGAACUUUUGAUUGUUUCAAUUAAUUCAACUUCAAACACAGAGAAAAGAGUAAAGAAUCUGAAAAAAGUGA